AUGGCCGCCGAGAAGAAAAUUCUCUUGUCCUCCUAUUCUCGCAUGAUGGACAGCAUUAAGUCCCGUGCGGAAAAAUUGCUCAUUUUUGUGCGUUCUUUUGAUUCCGAGAAGCAAGACAAGUCUCUUCUCGAAGACAAGCUACAGUCAGUAAAUGAAAUGCGUUCCUAUUUCCAUGAGACAGAUGUGAAGUUGUACGGGUUGCUCAAGGAAGAUGAGGUCAAAGAUUGGCAAAUGACUAGUGAGGGGAUAGAAGACACGCUCGACGAAAUCCGCCAUCUUAUCCGUAGCAAACUCCGUGACAUAGAUCCCCCAAAGCCAGUGUCAGCCCAAGUUUCCAGUGCAACUAGCCAAGGUUCCCAUCCCAAAUUGCCAGACAUUCCCCUUCCCCGGUUCAAUGGCCAACUCGAAGAUUGGAUUAGCUUCAAGAACCAGUUCAAUGCCCUUGUGAAGCGUCGUGAAGGUCUUUCGGAAAGUGAGAAGUUAUUCUACCUCAAAGCCGCCAUACAAGAUGGUGCCGCGCGCCAUGUUCAGUCAUCCGAGGAUUCCUUCGCGUCCCUUUGGAAGGCUCUUUGUUCGGAGUUUGAGAACAAAAGGAUCCUAGUCGACAAGCAUAUUGCCCAAUUGUUCCAUGUAAAACCCAUUCUCCGCGAAUCUGGUUCAGCCUUGCGAAAUUUGCUAAAUGACGUCACGCGUAACAUUCGAGCCUUAGCCAACCUCGAAUUAAAACUCGAACCUCUUUUGGAGCAGUUUCUGAUCCACUUGGUCUGCACUCGCCUUGAUGCUCGCACUCGGAAGGAUUUUGAGCUGCAAUUGACCGACAACGCCCUGCCAUCCUGGGAUAAGUUGUUGGACUUCCUACAAUCUCGCUGCCGAUGUCUGGAGAACAUCGAACAAGAUGGAAAAGAUACUGCGCCCAAUCAGUCCUCGCGUCUACGACCAGAACGCUCUGGGUCUCAUGUGGUGAGAACCUUACCCGAAAAAUCAUACACCCAAAAUCCCAGCUUCGGUAACGUCACCUGUUUCGUUUGCAAAGGUACACACUUUUUGAAUCGAUGCGACCAAUUUCUGAACCUAGCUCCAAACGAUCGCUUUGCCAAGAUCAAGAGCCUAGGUAUUUGCUUGAACUGCUUCAGCAAUAAGCACUACGUGCACGAAUGCAAGGGUAGCUCGUGUCGUAAAUGUGGUCGUCGACACCAUACGUUGUUGCAUGAAUCCGAUUCGAACUCGUCGUCUUCUGUAAGAGAUGUUCACCAACCACCAGAUUCGCACCCCAUACAACGAUCUUCAACUGCUCCUACCCCCUCGUCGAUCAACUCGGCGAUUAGUCCUGUCUCUCCGUCGACUACACGAUCACGCCAAUACGUACUCUACACAGCUGUCGGGCUUGUAGAAGAUGCUCAUGGGAACUCAAUUGAGUGUCGAAUUUUACUCGAUUGUGGUUCGAUGCAUAAUUUGAUCGCAGCACGACUUGUCAAUGUAUUGAAGCUACCGAAAACGAAUGCGAAUGUCAACAUUCUUGGUGUCACUGGCUCACCUCAAUUGAUCAAAGACAAGGUCAGAGCAACGAUUCGCUCCACCUUGACCAAGGCCUCGUUCAAUUUGGAAUUUUUGGUCAUGAAAAAGGUCACAACCGACCUGCCAAUGAAGUCGUUCCAAAUAGAUUCCGAUCAGAUUCCAACAGAUGUAGCACUGGCAGACCCUUCGCUCAAUCGAUCGCGACGAAUCGAUAUGCUGUUAGGAAUCCAAGUGUUCAAUGAGCUAUUCACAGGUCAAUCGUUUUCGUUGACAGAUGAUCACACGUUCUGGUGUAAAGAGACCAUUUUUGGAUGGGUAGUUGGUGGUGCAGUUUACGAGCAGGGAGCAGAGCAAUCUUCCUCGAACAUGUGCGGAGUCGUGACGAACGAAGCGUUGAGCGAACAGAUGAGCAGGUUCUGGGAAACGGAAGCCAUUCCCGAGCCUCGAAAGUUGACCGAAGAUGAACUAGCUGCAGAACGAAGUUUCCAAGAGAAAUGUCGGAGACUACCAGAUGGGCGAUACGAAGUUGGACUGCCACUCAAGAACAGCAUCGAUUAA